AAAGCAACCGCGCCUUUUUUUUUUUUUAUCUUUUUCUUUUGAAACCUUUCGGAAAGGAUUAUGAUAAAGCCGAUAUUUUCCUUGAUAUCUCAUCGAUCAGUAAAAGCUUUACAAUAUCGAACAAUAAUAACAACAACAAAACCAAAUGUUUGGGUAGUCACUAAUGGUGGUAUUGAAUCUACUUUACAAGCUGCUACUAUUGGAAAACAUCUUGGAAAUCUUACAGUCAAAACUAUUGUAUCAACUCCUCUUUUAAGGUUAUUUCCAUUGGUGAUUCAAAAGUAUAUUGUAGACUGGGGUUUGAAAAGAAAAAAGGAGAAUGGAUUAAAAAAACUUCCUUGGUAUCUUGAAGGAAAUGAUGAUCAAUUGGAUGGUCCUUUACCUGAUUAUGUCGUUUGUAGUGGUGAUGAUGCUGUACCUGGAUGUUUACAAGUAAUCAAAUCAUUUCCAUCAAAACAUCCCUUUUCAGUUUUCCUUGGAUUUACAAAUUUACCUUUUAUCCACUUUGAUCAAGUGGUGAUACCAAAAUAUGAAGCAAAUGUGAAAAUGGCCAAAUUGGGACCUUUGGCACAACAAAAGAAUUGCAUAGUGACAGAAGCACCGAUAGUGGAUUCUUCUUUAUGGCCCAUGUCUCCGAAAUCAAAAAAAGUUUAUACUGAUUUACUUCAUCAUCUAUCUUUUCAAAACAAUUCUGAUUUGACUGUAAUAGUGAUUGGUGGUCAUACAUCUCAAUGUCGAUGGUAUACUGAAAAUGCUCUUAACUUGGUUGAUAAUAUGAAGAGAAUGGUGACUCAAUUGGAUACAAAUCUACUUGUGAUCUAUACUGAAAGAACAACACCUUUGAUCAAAACAACUAUACAAAAAAACAUCAAUAAAAGUAUUCCGGAUCAUGCCACAAGGGUUGUCACAUGGGAUUCAACAAUAAGUGGAUUGAAUGGAUUGGAAAAGAUGGAAGCAUAUGAUAACUUGAUUCAACAAGCUUCUAGGGUGGUACUAACCGCCGAUCUUGAUUAUAUCACUGCACAUGCUACCAUGAAAAGUAUAUAUUACAUUUGGUGGAUUAUGUAGAGGUCAUUUAUUACAAUUCCAUCGUUGGUUACGUGAACAUCGAUUGACAAGGAAAUUAAGAUUGGAUCGUAAACGAAAGAAAGCUUCAACCACUGAUCAUACUGAUGCAUUUAGUUAUCUUGGUCAUCAUCCCCCUUUUGGUACUGCUGCAAAAUUAUUCCCCACCUCCACCUUGAAUAAAAUCGCUCAUGAAGUAGAGACUAUUCGUCAGGAAAAACUUACUGGAAAACGACGCCAGGAUUAGGUAGAAUUGGAUUGGAGAUCAUUGUAUAUAUAGAUAGAUAGAUAGAUAAAUAGAUAAAUAGAAGUAUAGACAAAUAAUAUAUAUUUUUUUUUAUUUAUUGAAAUAAAAUUGGAUGAUGAAGUGC